AUGUGGGCCCUGCAGGCUGCCAUACGCCCGCGGCUCCGGCUCUCCCCCGUUUGCCGCGGCGGCCCGGCACCAAGAGCACCCAUGCCAUCCUGCCCCACACGCGGUCUAGCCGCUGUCGGCCGCGGGGGCCCCGGGAAUCUGAAGGGUCCAUGGGGCCAGGGGCGGGGCCUGCGGGCGGACGGCGGCCGAAGCUUCCCGGGAGAGGACGAGGAGGAACUGGAAGACGCGGAAGAGGACGCAGAGGAGGAGCUGCUGCAGAGGGAGUUUCUGCUGCCGGCGGGGACCCAGUGCAUGUGUCUGGUCCACCCCGAUGUCAAGUGGGGCCCGGGGAAGCCGCAAAUGACGCGAGCUGAGUGGCAGGUAGCAGAGGCCACAGCCCUGGUGCACACUCUGGACGGCUGGUCCGUGGUGCAGACGAUGGUGGUGUCCACCAAAACUCUGAACAAGAAGCUCGUCUUCGGCAAAGGGAACUUUAAGCACCUGACAGAGAGGAUCCGAUCUCUGGACAUCACGUGCGUCUUCCUGAAUGUAGAGAGGAUGGCUGCCCCAACCAAAAAAGAACUGGAAGCCGCCUGGAGGGUGGAGGUGUUUGACCACUUCACCGUCGUCCUGCACAUUUUCCGCUGCAACGCCCGCAUGAAGGAGGCCUGGCUGCAGGUGGCCCUGGCAGAGAUCCCGCUCCUCAGGUCGAACCUGCAAAGGGAGGUCGCCCACCUUCACCGAGGAGGAUCCGGCUCCUGCUACAUCAUGGGGUCAGGAGAAUCGUUCAUGCAGCUGCAGCAGCGUCUCCUGAAAAAGAAGGAGGCCAAGAUCAGGAAGGCCCUGGACGGGCUUCGGAAGAAGAGGCACCUGCUGCGGCGGCAGCUCAAGAGGCGCAAGUUCCCCAUGGUCUCCGUGGUGGGGUACACCAACUGUGGGAAGACCACGCUGAUCAAGGCGCUGAUGGGAGACGCCGCCCUGCAGCCGCGGAACCAGCUGUUUGCCAUGCUGGACGUCACAGCCCACGCGGGCACGCUGUCCUCACGCCUGCGCGUCCUGUAUGUGGGCAUCAUCGGGUUCUUGUCCCAGCUGCCACACGGCCUCAUCAAGUCCUUCUCCACUAUCCUAGAAGACGUGGCCCACUCGGACCUGAUCCUGCAGGUGAGGGACGUCAGCCACCCCGAGGCGGAGCUCCAGAAAGUCAGCGUCAUAUCCACACUGCGUGGCCUUCAGCUGCCCGCCCCGCUCCUGGACUGCAUGCUGGAGGUUCACAACAAGGUGGACCUGGUUCCCGGGUACCACCCCACGAAACCGAACGUUGUGCUUGUGUCUGCCCUGCUGGGGCAUGGGCUCCAGGAGCUGAAAGCUGAACUUGAGGCAGCAUUGUUAAAGGCCGCGGGGAGACAGGUCCUCACCCUCCGCAUCAGGCUGGCCAGGGCCCAGCUCAGCUGGCUGCAUAAGGAGACCACAGUUCAGCAGGUGGACAUGAUCCCCGAGGAAGGAGCAGCCGACGUCAGGGUCAUCAUCAGCCACUCGGCCUAUGGCAAAUUCCGGAAGCUCUUUCCAGGAUGAGCAGAAGCCCGAGGAGGCCUGGGGUGUGGUGGCAUUGCUGUGUCAGGACAGUGGGGUCCCCUUUGUCAGGCUCUGUGUCCCAGGCGGUUGUGAUGACCAUACAGGCUGCUGGCAUGCUCACGGCUGCUCUGAAGCGGGCCUCCCCA